GUACUAUAAAUAUUUACAAAUAAUUUUACCCUCACACACUUCACUUUGCACUUGCACGCGACAGAUCCCAACUCUCUCAAACUCACUCAUCAGCCGCAUUCUUUGUUUUCUCUUUCUCUCUCUUUGAUCUCUCCAUCGCUUCAACAAGGAGAGAUGGCGGUACCUGAAGCAGUUCAAACCCCAACCCCUCAGAUGGUUGGCAAUGCUUUUGUGGAGCAGUAUUACUCAAUUCUGCACCGCGACCCGGAUCAGGUUCAUAGGUUUUACCACGACUCAAGUGUCAUGAGUCGACCUGAGGAGGAUGGUACCAUGACAACUGUCACCACCACUGCAGAAAUUGAUAAAAAGAUACAAUCUCUCGAGUACACAAGCUUUAGGGUGGAGGUUCUGAGUGCUGAUGCUCAGCCUUCAUAUAAUAAUGGAGUGAUGGUUGUAGUGACUGGCUGCUUGACUGGAACUGACAAUAUUAAACGCAAGUUUGCGCAGUCAUUUUUCCUGGCUCCACAGGACAAGGGCUUCUAUGUUUUGAAUGAUGUUUUUAGAUAUGUUGAUGCGUAUAAGUCAAUUGAUAUCGAGUCUGUGCCAGCAAAUGAUGCUGAUGAAAGUGCUCCAUCAGAAGCUAUUAUUACACCCGAGCCUGAGCCUGUUCAUGUUCCUGAAGUCAUUCCACCCACUCAAACUGUUAUUCCAACUGCUCAAACUGUUAUUCCACCCACUCAAACUGUUAUUGCUGAUACUGAAACUAUCAUCAGUAAAGAAGUGAGCUUGCCACUGGAGAAUGGAAAAUUAUCAGUUACUGAAAAUGUGAUUCCUGUUAAUCAUGUUAAAGAGUCAAGUCAUCAUGUUAAGGAACCGGAACAACCCACAAGCAUUGAGAAAGUUGCUUCCAAUACACAGGAGGAUACUCCAAAAAAGUCCUUUGCAUCCAUUGUGAAUGCCUUGAAAGAUAAUUCCGCUCCCUUCCAUUUGAGGGCUUCUCCUGCUAAACCAGCUGUGCACCCACCCCGUGUACAUAGCGUGCCUGCUCCUGAAGCACCAACCCCUAACAUGGACAUUCCAUUGGAAAAGAAUAAUGAGAAUGCAGGUAGGGCUCAUGCAAUAUUUGUUGCAAAUUUGCCUAUGAGUGCAACAGUAGAGCAAUUGGAUCGGGCUUUCAAGAAAUUCGGGCCCAUUAAGCGUGAUGGUAUUCAAGUCAGAAGUAACAAGGGGUCUUGUUUUGGUUUUGUGGAGUUUGAAUCUGCUGCUUCAAUGCAAAGUGCCCUAGAGGCCUCUCCUCCUGUUAUGUUGGACAACCGUAGACUUUCCAUUGAAGAAAGGAGAGGGCGUAGUGGAUACCGAAAUGACAGAAAUGAUAACUUCAGGGGCCGUGGCAACUUUGGUGGCGGCCGUGGGGGUGGCUUUAACGGAAGGAACGAUUUUGAGAGGCGAGGAGGUGAGUUCUCUGGCCGAUCUCGAGGAGGCCAGAAUGCCGGGCGAAGCAAUGGAGAUGCUGUGCCAAGGAGUUAUCAGAAUGGAGGAGGAAAAGUCGCUGCUCGUCAACCACCAGUGAAAGUUCAAUAAAGUGCUUAUUUUUCUUGGUAAUUGAGUGGCAACGGGAUUUUCUUAGUAGAUAGCGGCAUCUAGGGAUUUUGAUCUGCAUUUUGGUUUAGAGUCUUUUCCUUUGUAGUUUCUGUGAUCUUUUUCUGCGUCAGAGUUCUUGGUUAAAUCAAUUGUUUCUCCAUACUUAUCUCUUCUUAUUUCUAAAUCUCUUCCAAUUUUGUUUACCUACUGUAUCUAACUUUCUAGUAUGAUUGUUUUGGAAUUGGCCAGUUAUAUACCAUUCUUGUUAAAGAAAGUUAUGUUCCUUGUGGUAUGUUUAUUAAUA